AUGGUUAGGUCUUGGGUCUCUUCGGCCAAGUUUCUCACCAUUACCGGUGUAGGCCAAUUCGCCGAUGGCUAUCUCAACACGACCAUAGGCCUAGUUGUCCCGAUGCUGGCCUACGUGUAUUUCCAAGAUGCCAACUAUAAGAUCCCGACCAUCAGCAACAAUAUCAUGAAGGGCGGCCUGUCUAUUGGCAUGAUCCUAGGCCAAGUCAUGUUUGGCGUCUUUGGCGAUGCGUUUGGCCGCCAUGCCAUAUAUGGCCGCGAACUCAUGCUCACAAUGGUUGGAACCCUGCUUGUUAUCACUGCGCCGCCCCAGUUGGGUCACGGGGGUAUCGUGGCGUGGGUGGCUGUCUUUCGCGUCGUCACUGGUUUUGGCGUUGGCGGAGACUAUCCCAUGUCCUCAUCCCUGGCUCUGGAGUACAAUAUAGGCUGGUCACGUGCAAAGACAGUGCUGGCCAUCUUCUCCUGUGGCAGUCUAGGGGCCUUCAGCGCCGCCAUUGUCUACAUGAUUCUUCUAGCCGGCUUCAAGUCUGCCAUUGAAAGCAACCUGUGGUACCUACAAUGGGUUUGGCGCCUGCUACUGGGCUUCGGUCUCGUACCCUGCGCCGCCACGAUUUACGCUCGUCUACGAAUAGCUGAAACCCGACCGUAUGAGAAGUACGUUGCCAAGGACCACCGCGGCCUAGGCGACCAGUGGCGCGAGUUCCGUGAGUACUUCUCCAACUGGAAACAUGCCCGCACACUGUUCGCUGUUUCCGCAAUCUGGUUCUUGUUUGACAUAGCCUUCUAUGGCGUCAACCUGAAUCAGAGCACAAUUCUCUCCAACCUCGGCUUCGGCGCCGGCGACACGGUCUGGGAGACGCUGUUUAACACGGCCAAGGGCAACCUGAUACAGGUCAUUGCAGGGUAUAUGCCCGGCUACUGGCUCGGCAUCUUCCUCCCCGAUCUUAUCGGUCGCGUUCGCCACCAGCUGCUUGGCUGCGCAAUUGUUUCUAUCCUGUAUGCUGUGUGGGCCGGUGUCCAGAGCCACACAGGCACAGGGGGCUUGUUCGCGCUCUUUGUCAUCUCACAAUUUACACUAAACGCUGGAGCCGCAAGUUCGACCUUCUUGAUCCCUGUCGAGGUUUUCCCCACAAGGGUCCGCGCCACGGCUCAUGGGAUAGCAGCCGCGUCCGGGAAAGCCGGUGCGGUUCUGACCUCUUUUGCCUUCGGUACUGCUACCCAGGCUAUAGGGUUUAGUGGCAUCCUGGGCCUCUUUGCUGGUGUUAUGGCUGUCUGUACUGCCUUGACUCUGUUAAUUCCUGAGACCAGAGGUAAAAGCAUUGAGGAAAUAGAGCAGGGCGCUAUGUACAACUAUUCUAACAGCGAGGACUUUUAA